UUCUCUUGAUAAAAAUCAGUAUCUUGUGCUAAACUCGAAAGUCCACUGUUGUCUGAUAAAAUAUUAAAUGGCAGAAGCUCCAAAAUCAGAAAGUGCCCAGAGUGUUGCAUCCCAGAGGCGCAAGCAUCGCCGUGGCAAGAAAUCGAAAUUGCUACCCAAGAAGACGAAGAAUCAAUAUCCGCCUUGGAAAAUGGAUAUGUUGCCAUCGGCACCGGGUGGCAAUGGCGCCCCAUCCGCCGGUAGCAGUGUGUCUCGUUCGAAACUGGUGCGCUCCCGUUCACUGCUGGUGCCGUACAACACCAAUCGUUUUCUUAUGGAGGAGCACAUGUCCGAGUUGCCCAAGGAUGACUUUGACGACAAUUGUUUUGGCAACCAGACCGAGGACCAGGAAUUAUUUCUCUCCAAGGAGUUCUCAAACGUUUACGAGCGGGCGCGUGUGGAGCGUCUAGAGACAAUGAGCAAGCAGGAGCUCAUACAGGAGUGUCUGCAGGUGGAGGAUCGGUACUCAAAAGAUCAAGGCCGCCAGCGUCAGCAGAGCCUGAAUGCGCAGAAUAUAUCCAAGGAGUAUGGCGUCAAGAUACGCGCUCUCGAGGAAAAGAUACGCGAGCUAACGCGAGAAAACCACAUGCUGCGUUCGCACAUCAUCCGCUCGCGUUCGCCAACCACAACUGCAGCAGCAGCGGCUGCAGCUUCGCCUCCAUCGGCUGCUGCGCCAACGGCAAGCGCUGUUUGUGAGCUGCAGGCACGUCAGCAGCCACAACAGCCACCAACACCAAUGGACUCGUCCAGCGAGGACAGCGAAAGUGAUAGCAGCAGCACAACGUCCAGCACCACGUCCAGCUCGUCCUCCAGCAGCGAGGGCCAUGAGAUGGGCGUGGCGGGCUUGAAUAUUGCCAACGGUCAUGCAGAAAGCCAUCGACACAAGAGUCGCAGCCAUUCGCGUUCGCCCAUUCUGGUGAUCAAUGGACAUGCCAAUGAGGAGGAGCGUCUACUGCUGCUAGACGCCAGCCGCAUGGAAGAGGACGACAACUCCAGUGAGGAUGCCAAGAAUAACGAUGCAAUCGAUGGAGCACCCAAGUAAAUUCGCCUGGCAACCAACUAAUGUGUACAUAUACCACGAUCUGAUACUUGUAGCAGGCACUGUUGCUUGAUUUAGGGAACCCCGGCUUAAUUUUAUUAAGUAGUUUUUGAUUCUUUUAAGAUGUAGCUCUAAGCUUGCUCAAAAUUCCCAUUAAUUUUAUACUCACAUGAAACCGAAAAGUUAAGUAAUCUAAAAUGAAGAGCACAAUUAAUUUGAAAUAGUCUAGUUUGUGUCGUAAUCCAAAUCCAAGCUUCCGCUAAAAUCGCUUUUAAAAUGUGGUGCGCUUAAUAACAAACUUUUAUAUAUAUAUUAAAAAAAAAAGACCGAUUUUGAAUUGAAAUAAAUGUUGAAUUGUAAUAUUUAACUAAAAAAUAA